CACGGCUUGCUCGCUUCUGAGUUGUUGGCUUCUGUCCUCUCAAUUCUGGCUUUAUACAUUUACUCGUUCUGCACACUCACGACCGCAGCCAGAAUUGGCCGUGGUAGUCGCAGAUGAAGCUUUUCGUCGUUGUCGCGUUUCUUGCUGUGCUGGUUAGUGUAGUUUCAGCAUGGACCAAAGAGGACCAUGAAAUAUUUGAUCUAGUCACUGCUCUUGAAGCGGCUGAGGGCAGGGGCACCACAUUCUACUCUUGGUUGGAUGUGCCUUCAACGGCGACCCUUGUCCAGAUUAAUAAGGCGUACAGGAAGAAAAGCAUGCAACUCCAUCCAGACAAAAAUCCUGGUGUGAAGGGUAUCCAUGAACGAUUUGCGCGACUGGGAAUUAUUGCAAGUAUUUUGAAAAAUACCGAGGGACGCAAGCGAUACGACUUCUUCUACAAAAAUGGUGUACCCAAAUGGAGAGGCACGGGCUAUUACUAUGCACGAUUCAGACCAGGUCUAGGGACUGUCCUGGUAUUCCUCACCAUCCUCACGUCUGGGCUUCAAUAUCUUGUACAGACAAUGAAUUACAAACGGGACCUGCGGCGCGUGGAGCAGACAAUACGGGACGCCAGACUUGCGGCUUGGGGCCCAAAGAUGGAACCACUCCAAGGAAAACGGAAGGUUAAGGUCAACCUUGGAGGUGGCCCUCGUCAAGAUGAAAAUGGCAAUGUUAUUGCCGGGAAAAUGCUCGAUAUGGUCGUAGAACAAGACAACGUAUACAUUCUGGAUCCCUCGGGUGUUAUGCAUCUCCUGGAUACAAGUUCAGCAACUCCUGCGGCCAUUUCAAGAACAUGGUUCAUCGAGCUGUUGGUCAGCAACACCCGUAAAGUCUUCUACUCCAAAGAAAAGUCCCAAAAGGAAGUAGAUAAGCAGCAAAGCCCCCCCACUGUUGAUAGACCUGACUCGCCUGCGAGUGGAUCUGCCACGCAUAGUGGAGCAAGUGAGGGUGAGGAACCCCUGCAGGCAGGCUACACUGCAGCAGUAAAAGCUGGUGGGAGAAGAAGAAAGGCGGUGAGGAAGCGGUGACCACAUGAAGUUAUUCUUCGGGACACCGUGCGGGGAUUUAGAGUUAUGGUAUAUGGUACCAGCUUUGCUAAUUACAGUUUAGAUGAAUGUUUUCAUUGAUCCCGUGGUGAAAGGUCAUGUGGUUCCGUCUGACAUUUAUGUAGCUCACUAGUUACUGGUGUUUUCAUGGCACCAACGCUGUUGGCAAGCGACCAUUACAUUCAACAGAGGCCGCA